AUGUUCAAAACAGGAUACUUUCUUAAACAGACUCUUUUUUUCUCUUCAGUUGCUGUGGUUGAUGUCGAGAAAACUCCUCCUGUUAGUGGAAUUCUUUCAGGCAGAGUAGUGCUUCCAUGCUUCUUUUCAACGGUGCCCACAGCCUCUCCUAGUCCAAUCCCCAGUACCUCUGGUGAUCACCUGAGAAUUAAGUGGACCAAACUGGAGAAGGACAAGGAGACCACUGUACUUGUAGCUCAAAAUGGCGUGAUUAAAAUUGGUUUAGGCUACAAGAAUAGGGUGUCAGUGCCCAGCCAUCCAGAAGACAUUGGUGAUGCCUCGCUGACUGUUGUUAAGCUACGUGCAAGCGAUGCUGGAGUUUACCGCUGUGAGGUCAUGUAUGGAAUUGAAGACACCCAGGAAACUAUAUCUUUAGAUGUAUCUGGUGUUGUCUUUCAUUACCGGCCAAAGACCAAUAGAUACACUCUUACGUUUGAAGAGGCCAAGAAAACUUGUGAAGACGUUGGAGCUACAAUUGCUACUUCUGGGCAGCUGCGUGCAUCUUAUGAGGAUGGAUUUGAUCAAUGUGAUGCUGGCUGGAUUGCUGACCAAACUGUUAGGUAUCCUAUCACAAGACCUAGGCUGGGCUGUUAUGGAGACAAAAUGGGACGUCCUGGCAUCAGAACAUAUGGCAUACGAGACCCUAAGGAAACAUAUGAUGUCUACUGUUUUGCAGACAAACUUCAUGGGGAAGUGUUUUACAUACCUUUCAAGGUGACUCUUGAGGAAGCGAAGGCAGAGUGUGUAAAAAGGCAGGCGAUGCUGGCCAACCCUGGUCAACUCCAUGCAGCCUGGAGAAGUGGGCUUGAUCAGUGUGAUUACGGAUGGCUCACUGAUGGAAGUGCUCGAUAUCCCAUUGCGGUUGCCAGAACCCAGUGUGGUGGGGGUCUUCUUGGUGUCCGGACCCUUUAUCUACACAAGAAUCAGACUGGUUUUCCAGACCCAGCCACCAAUUUUGGUGCAUACUGUUUUAGAGGAAACUUUACAAGUAAGAAGGAAACUUCUGUUGAAGUAGUCAUUCAUGGUAUACCUUUGGAAAUGAAGCCUGGGAUAUUUCAAACAUUGAAACCCACAGAUUCAACCACAAAGACUCCAACUUUAAAAUCUACUUCUGGUAUGAUUGACCUUGAAACAGGAACCAAAAAAGAAUCUCAAGCUCCUUCUGGUUUGACAACAACUAUAUUACCAGCUGAAUCUUCCUAUGUCAAAGAAGAAGAAAUUCAAGGCAUUUCAACUGUAGCAACAGUUGAAACAGACGUAACACUCCAGCCAAUGGAAGUAGAAGCAGUGCCACGCAGCCAUGAUAAACCUACUGCAGAGGAGCUGGAUGAUAACAUAGACACAACAACUGAAUAUCCAUCAAUGUUCUCAACUAGUAUGGCCAGCCCUACUGCUGAUUUAGUAAAAGGUGGGGAAACUACUGAGAUGGAGACAAUUGCAGUUCUUCCUACAGAUGCAUCUGAGCAAGAAAACCCCCUGUCAAUAUCCAAUAAUGGUGGUGGUGGUCACGAUGAUGAACUGCUAAAUGCUACUGUUAGUAGAAUUACUACUUCUGAGUCUACAGGAAUGUCAGCUGGAAGUGACCAAAGCACAGAUAUUUAUGUUUCUCAUGGAAAUAUUUUGGAGUCAGAACCCAUUGAGAGUAGCAGAGGUGACACAUUUUAUAAACCGGAUGAGCAAACCACACUGACAAAAGAUUCAGCGGUGCAAUCUUAUACAGAUUUUUCUGAAUUUAAAGUUUUCCAUUCGCUUCCUACAACAACAUCCCCUUUAAAGACUAGCUCUGUGAAGGUAUAUACUAAAUUAGAUGUUGAAGAUGAUAGCAAUGAUGAUUUGCUAGAAAGCAGACCUAGUUAUUUACCUACUGUCAAAGAUGAUGAAACCAAAAUUGCAGCAGAAACAGUUUCACAGGCUACUCCCUCUUCAGAUGUUCACUCGGCUGCUGAUGCAAAGAUUUCAGACAUGACUACAUCUCUGCCGCAUUCACAAAUGCCACAUCAUGAAAUUGUCACUGAAAAAUCAGAAGUUGCUCCAACCAAAACUGAUUCCUCUGAUAUUCUGUCACCUCUGACUCUAAUAGAGGAUUUGCAUGUUAAAAAUGAAACCACAGAAACACCAAUGGAAGCUAAAAGUGAUAGCAAUUUUACAAAAAUAGUGCUUUCACCUGAGGUUGAUGGACCAUUAGAAGCUGCUAAGGACCAUCAGACUACAUUACAUGAGAGUACAAAGGUACCAGAAGAACAAACAUCCAAAGAUUCUGCAGCAUUAAUUUUUCCCACUUCAACUGUAACUACAAAAGCUGAAAAGGAAAUAUACACAGAGAGUUCUCAUUUCUCUGGUUUAUCUUCAGAUAUACCACCUACUCCACAAACCAUAUCAUCAGAAGACAAAGAAGCUGUAACAACUCAGAAAACUGAAGAAGAAGGAAGCACUAUGGAUGGAAAAGAUAUACCUAUGUCUGACAUAACCACAGUACUGAGCAUUAUAAAAACAACCUCUUUGCCUUUGGGGCAUGACCGUAAUACACACUCUGAUUCAACUUUAAGUCUAGACUUGGACACUUUAGACACAGUCAAACCUGAAUCUGAAGGCUCAGGUGUGGACGAAAAAGGUAUUACAUCAUCUGUUCUUAUUAUAGAUGUUCAUGGCACAACAACAUCUCCUUCACAAGUCACUCAAGAGAAAACAACAGAGAAAGAUCUGGUAAGCAAGUUAAUAUUAGAUGAAGAAGGAAGUGCUAUGUUUUCAACAAAAAAGUCAGAAUCAACAACAGUUGCACCUAGAACAAUACAAGCAACAUCAAAUGCAGGUAAGAACUUGAUUCUGCCAGCAGAUACUGAAGGUACUGUCGAACCAAAAGAAUCCACUCACUCUGUUGACGCUGAGAAUGCGGUGUAUUCAACAGUUUUGCAUAAAGAGCCAACAUCUGCUACCAGUUACCAAGAUACCCUAACUGAAGAAGGCAGCGCUACAGAAACUGCAGCUGUGCCAGACAGCAGUGAAAGUGUACAGCUAAUACCUACAAGUGAUACUAAAGAAGAGAUGUCAACUAAAGAGGGUUUUACUGUUGUAAAAACCAGUGAAAGACCACUAGUAAAAUAUGAAACAAGUACAUCAAGGUCCAGUUUGGAAACUUUCUUUACUGAGCCUUCUGGAACAAUUGUAACUUCUGCUACUGCCCUGCUUGAAGCAUCUCAGGACAGCAAAGACACUGAGAUUCCUGAGGGAUCAGCUAUGUAUGAGGAGACUGCUGAAGUACAAAAUACCACACUUUCUGAAGACAUACCUACAGAAAAACCAUCUGAACACACUUUGAGAGUUCUAAAACCCAGUGGGAGAUCACCAGCAGCAUAUGAAACAAGUACAUCAAGGUCCAGUUCUGGAACUUUAUUUACAAUGCCUCCCAGAACAAUUGUAACUUCUGCUUCUGCUCAGUUAGAAACAAGUCAGGUCAGCAAAGAGACUGAGAUUUCAGAGGGAUCAGCUAUGUAUGAAGAGGUCACAGAACUGCAAACUGCUACUCUUCCUAGAGAUCACUCUGAACAAACAGAAGCUGACCAACAGAAAAUGGACGAUGUGCUUGCAACAAGUAAAGUUUCUGUACUUUCUCAGAUUACCACAAUACUGUCUACAGGCAGUAAGGAACAUGGUGCUAUCACCUCUGACUAUCCAGUUGAGGCAACAAAAUCCAUUUUGCUUCCUGCACCCUCCGGUGUUCAUGGGGUAACAUCUGAAUCCCAAACAGAUACCAUUACAGUUACAAUUAAACCUGAAAAUCUACAAUAUACAACAGGGACUGACAUACUAGAUCCUGAAUCUGGUGUAGAAGCAGAACCGCCAAAUGAAGAAGGCUCAACUAUUUAUGAGGAUAUGACAGGCACAGGAACCAGUAUGGCAAGUGUUAUAUAUCCACCAACAUCUGCUCAAACAGAGGCAGACAAAGUGAUACUUCAAGAUGUGACAAGUAAGGAUCAGUCAAUAUAUAGUGAAACAACAGCUAUUUCCCCUUACACUAGUUUAGAAUUAGACAGCGGUUCUGAUAUGCAAGCUGUAACAGAUUCAUCUACCAUCAGAAAAACCACAGAUCAAGGACUAGGCAAACCCUCAGAAUUUACUGAAAAGUUUGAAACUAAAGAACAGCCUUCAGGCAUCCACACUAUUAGCGCAAAGCCAUUAAUCAGUCAUCCAACUGAUGAGACAGUUGUAUCAACCAAAGUAAUUAUGGAGCCUACAGCUAGCUCUGAAACAUAUGUGCAAACCACUUCCUCUAGAACAGAAGAAGCAGGAUCGACAAUGGAGCCAGAUGAAUGGCAUGAAGCAACUGUAAAAACUGAAAAACCCACACCUUGUACAGCAGGCACUGAAUGUAUAACUAGCCUUCCUCUUUCAGAAAUGACAAAACCCAGGGAGUCCUUUGAAGGAUCAGGAAUAGGUAUGGACAAUUUCCCUCCUGAAAAAUCGAGCCAGUCUCCCAAAAUACCCUUUGACUUUAGCACCACUGCCCCCGAAGUAGUAGAGAAAACAUCAUCAGUGAUGUCCACGUCAGCAUUCUUAUCAACAGACCACACUGACCUGAAAACUUCAGAAACAACUGAAAUGUUGGGAAUAUUGUCAAAAGAUGACAUUUUAGAAGAGGAAGGUUCUGCAAUCCUUGAAGCAUCUAAAACAACUCCACCUGUUUACAUAGCAUCUUCUGAAUUUAGUUCUACUGUUAAAACGGAACUCCAGGAAACGCCAGCAGGUAGUGUUGAUGAGCAGACCGAAAAAUUGGAAGGUGGCAUCACUGAAACUGAAGCAGGUGCACCUGUCAUAAAAGAUGACCUAGAAGGAUCCGCAGGUUCUGAAGAACCAAGCACACAUACAGAAGAGGAGUCAGCAUUAACAAAAGAAUCGGUGACACAAAAAGUUACAGAAGCAACAAAGAUACAAGGUCCCUCAAGCUCUGAAGUAACUACUUUCACAUCAAUGGAAACUCCUGCUAAACCCACCACUCAAAGCACACAUGCAGAAAAACCAGUUAUUGUAUAUAAGUUACCAACAACUGCUGCAAAAAAAUUUGAUAUGUCAACAUUAAAGCCAACUGAGGCUCUGUCGGUUUCUUCUAUGAUCGGUCUCCCUGAGGAAGGCAUUACAGACAAGAAACCAUUGCCUGAAAUGAGUCCAGUGACUGACUGGUCACCUGUUAGUUUUGAAACAGAAUCACAAGGAAGUGACACUACUAAAGAUAUUGUUAUCAUAGAUGAAUCCACAGGGGUGCCAGAGCCAUCUGGAGAAGACAUCACAGAUAAGGAUAUUACAACUGAAAUUGACGAUGAAUAUUUUACCACAGCAACAUCAAAGCCUUCUGUUGCUAAACCAACUGAGCCCUCGGAAGUGAGUAAAACAACAGUAGUUUCAGACAUUGGCACAGCACCAUCCAAAACCGAUUUACAUGUAAGUCUGGAGAAGCCAGUUAACCUGACCAAAGUGAAUGUGAUCGUUAUUACGAUAACAGGAAAAAAUGAAUCAGAUCAGUCAUUGCUGGAUACACUUGGAAAUCAACUUUUCUCUCCUGAGUUUCAGUUACCUGCUGUUUCAAGUGAGUCCAUUCCUGUGGAAGUUGCUGGUGAGCCUGUGCGAGAAGUAAGCAGACAACCUGAAUCCUAUUCUUCUCCUAUCACUCAGAUACCAGCCUUGAGUUUCAUAAAUGGAAAACAGCAGGUAACUCUUGAACCCGAUGACAAAGUGGAAAAAGAAGCAAAAGGGAAUUUAUUUGAAAGUGUGGCUCAUCCACUGACCCCUACAGAGAUACCUCCUGGAGAAACUGCUGCUUCUUCAGCAUCUUGGGAUAGUCAAACAACUUCAGAUCAAAAAGAAGAAUCUGGUGUACUGCUGGAAAGUGUGGGAACUGUAGAAUUAAAUACUACUGCUGAAUUUCCAGCCCCAGGCACACAUCCUCAAUAUAUUGAAUAUUUUACUAGGGAGCCUGGUUCUGGAGAUGAGUAUUUCCCUACAGUGGAAACAGUAACAAAGGGCCAGCUUAUUUCAUCUGACAUCUUUGGAACAGCAAUAUCUGAGGCUCCUAUUACUUCUCAGCCUAUUCUGAAUGAUUACAAAAUAUCUAUUUUUCCAUCGCAGAAGGACUCACACCUGGUAGAUCAGACAAGCUCUGUGGAAUCUCCAUUGUCAAAGGAAAUUGAGACAACACCUGUUCUGCUUCCAGAGGGAGGGGAAAGCUCUGGGAUGCAGGAGAUUAGGGAAGUCACAGAAACUACUUCUCCUUCAAAAAGCAGUGUCAUAGAUGUAACACCCAAAUAUCAAGAUUCAGAAGCUGCAGUGGAUUUACAGCCUGGCUCUGAGGGAGCAGAUUACACAGUUUCAGAAGAAUUACCUUUCUUAUCUUCCACCAUAUCACCUAGUAAGAGUACUUUUCCUGAUCCUAUAGAAAAAUCUGAAGAACAACCUGAUGAUAAGACAGAAGAAACUGUUGAAAGUUUACCCCCUUUGAAAGAAAGUGAAGAGGGUUCCGGAGAAGAAAUACUUAUUGAUGACACUACUUUGACUCCUACUCAGCCUUCUUUGAGUACAAUAAAGUCUGUUACUUUACAUGCUCAACCAGAUUCUCACUCCGGCGAGACUGAAUCUACUGUUGCACUAGAAUCUAAGACUGCCUUAGAUGCACAUGAUCCUCAAGCUGUACAUGAAGAGGAGGUCCAUUCUGUGCAAACUGCAGUAGCAGGUCCUGGAGAAACAGACAUUACAUCAUUGUCAACUGAAGGCACUCUAAAACCUGCCGUCCAGGAAGGAAGUGUAACAAGUCAAAUAUAUGGAUUUGAAUUUCCUGCUCUUGUAUCAACAAUUUCCUCACCUGAAGAAGAAAGUUCUGGUCAUUUGACAGAUACCACUUUAAGAUCUAUAAUGACAGCAAGUUCUUCACUGGAUAAAACACCACAACCUGUAUCUGUAAGCAAAGAAGAGGAACAAAGCCAGGCAGAUCUAACAUCUAUAGAACCAGUUAGUUCUGGGGAAGAGCCAACUGAAGCAGUAUUGCAUAAAUUGUAUACUACAACACUACCAAGCAGUGCUGAUGCGGUAAAGGAAGAGGAAAUAGGGGCAUUUACAACUGCCACAGUAGCCAUUCAGAAAGAGGCUGAUUCCACUGAAACCUCUGAAGUUAGCAUGGAAUCAACUAGCACAAGCAGAGUUGUGAUACGUGAACAUGGAUCUGAUGAAACUGAAAAGAUUAGUGGACUUGAUAAAGCAACUGAAACAAAUAUUGAUAGCCUGCAGCCAUCAUCACAACUUCCAUCACAUAGCCAAGAGGACUUGACUACUGUAGAAUCCUCAACAACCAAGAUGUCUUCAAUAGCCAUUUUUACCGAAGAAGAAAAGGAUGAAGAUAGACUAUUUUCCCCUACACCAAUUAGUUCUGAAGAAAAAGACACCAGCACGGUUAACUCCAAAAUAGGUGAUGAGGAUAUAAUUGAUGCUGAUAUUGUUGAAACAAAAAUUCCUGCUGUUGAAUCCUUUCCACCUACAAUACUUACACAAGAAGCUGGAGGUAUGAUACCAGCAGCCAUUACACCCAGAACAAUAAAUGUAGAGGAUAUAGAAGGAUCAAGUGACGAUGUUUUGACAACCAUUACCAUUAAUAUAGAAUCAACAGUUAAGUAUGAAACUACUAAACCAUAUACAGCAACAGUAUAUGAAAGUAAAACAAGUUCUCAGGAUGAAACAUUACAACAUAUGCCAUCGAGAGACCGGGAUCCUGCAGGAAAUCUGGAAGAAACUGAAAGUGAAAUUUCAGAUGUUACAUCUACCACCACUCUUCCCAUAUUACAUGUUAAGGAGACUACUCAGUUUUCAGAGUUGUAUAUACCACAGUCUGAAUCUGUGUUUGAAGAAGCAGUUUCAACAGUACACGUAACUCUCAAACCACCAACAGAUGAUCACCUAGUUCAUACAAUCUCUCCAUCUGUUGAACCUACACCAAGCAUUACAUCCAUCAGUAUAGAAAGUAAGGUUAAUGAUUCUGAUCCUUUGGACAACAAUCUUCAAAUUUCAACAAGGCCUCAAGAUAUUUCCACAAGGAAGGAAGUUUUAGACAGUAUCCUUGACUCAGUAACAGACUCCCCAACAUCUAUGAAAGUAACAGUAUCAGAACAGUUCCAUGGACCGCUGUUUAGAAUAACACAACUGCCUGAAUCUGUUGACACAUUCAGAACACAGUCAGUGGUUGAGAGCACUCCUGUCUUAUAUGUUGACAUUGAAAAAUCAGAUGGUCUUUUACUUUCACCAUCAACUUUACCUGUUGAUUCUGUCGAAGCUACUACCACACAAGUUUCAAGUUCACCUGAUGGUGGAUUUGUUAAAUCUGAAGACAUUUUACCUAGUUUUACUCCAUCUAUGGAAUCUCAGCCCACUGGAGAGGAGGAAGUUGAGGGUAUUCAUAAACCAGCUGAAAAGGAAACUUUUGGUGAAGGCACAACAACAGAAUCCCCUUAUGAUGAAAAAAUGCUAAAGAGCACCAUGCCAGAUGAACUGGAACCCUCAUCUCCAGAGGAAGAGAAAGAGGAUGAAGUUACAGAUUCGAUUGUUGUCACUACAGAAUCUUAUGCUGACAGAGAAUCAUCAGUUCAUGGUCAUAUGAUACGUAUUCCAGGACAAGAGGCCUGUCAAGAAAAUAAAUGUCUCAAUGGAGGGUCUUGUUAUUCAAGAGGAAUUUCCUAUAUCUGCACAUGUCCUCCGGGCUACAGUGGGGAACACUGUGAAAUUGAUAUUGAUGAAUGCCAUUCCAACCCCUGCCGAAACGGAGCUACUUGCAUUGACAGCAUUAAUUCUUUUACAUGCUUGUGCCUGCCAAGCUAUGGAGGUGGUCUCUGUGAACAAGAUACAGAAACCUGUGACUAUGGAUGGCACAAAUUCCAAGGGCACUGUUACAAAUACUUUGCUCAUCGCCGAACAUGGGACGCCGCCGAAAGAGAGUGCCGAUUGCAGGGAGCUCACCUGACCAGCAUCGUCUCUCACGAAGAGCAACUUUUUGUUAAUCGUUUGGGCCACGACUACCAAUGGAUAGGACUGAAUGAUAAAAUGUUUGAACAUGACUUCCGAUGGACUGAUGGAAAAGCUAUGCAAUAUGAAAACUGGAGACCAAACCAACCUGACAGCUUUUUCUCUUCUGGGGAGGACUGUGUUGUCAUGAUCUGGCAUGAAAAUGGCCAGUGGAACGAUGUGCCCUGCAAUUAUCAUCUCACCUAUACCUGCAAAAAGGGAACAGUUGCCUGUGGUCAGCCUCCUGUUGUGAAAAAUGCAAGAACAUUUGGAAAGAUGCGAUCCCGCUAUGAAAUCAAUUCUUUGGUUAGAUAUCAUUGCAAACAUGGAUUUAUUCAGAGGCACAUUCCAACGAUCAGAUGUAAAGGAGAUGGAAGAUGGGAUGAACCAAAAAUAUCCUGCGUAGCUCCAUCCACCUAUCAAAAGAGUUACACAAAGAGCUACUAUACUAGCAAUCACGUAACAAACGGUGAAAACAGUUCUCCAAAUCAUGAACACCGCUGGAUUGUGAGAAGAGACGGAAGCAGGCACUGACCCUUUCCUUCAGAAGAACAUCCUAAUGCAGAGCCAGCCAAAGUCCUACCAGUGCCUUUAUACAGCAUAAAAGGAAAUUAAAAAAAACAAAAA